AUGGGUAGCUUGAGCAACGGUGCUAAGACAGGAACUUUCCUGUUCACCUCUGAGUCUGUCGGUGAAGGCCACCCUGACAAGAUCGCUGAUCAGGUCUCUGACGCCGUUCUCGAUGCCUGCUUGGCUGAGGACCCCCUCUCCAAGGUCGCCUGUGAGACUGCUACCAAGACCGGUAUGGUCAUGGUCUUCGGUGAAAUCACCACCAAGGCCAGACUCGACUACCAGAAGAUUAUCCGUGGUGCCAUCCAGGACAUCGGAUACGACGACUCUUCCAAGGGUUUCGACUACAAGACUUGUAACGUCUUGGUCGCCAUUGAGCAGCAAUCCCCCGAUAUUGCUCAGGGUCUCCACUACGAUGAGGCUCUUGAGAAGCUCGGUGCUGGUGACCAGGGUAUCAUGUUCGGUUAUGCCACCGACGAGACCCCUGAGCUCCUCCCCCUCACUCUUCUCCUCUCGCACAAGCUUAACCGCACCAUGAAGGAGGGCCGUCUCGACGGAACCAUCCCCUGGGUCCGUCCUGAUACCAAGACCCAGGUCACCAUUGAAUAUGCCCACGACAACGGUGCCGUCAAGCCCCUCCGUGUCGACACUGUCGUCAUCUCCGCCCAGCACAGCCCUGAUGUCACCACCGAGUUCGUCCGCAAGGAGCUCCUCGAGAAGGUCAUCAAGAAGGCCAUCCCUGCUGAGCUCUUGGAUGACCGCACCGUCUACCACCUUCAGCCCUCUGGUCUCUUCAUCAUCGGUGGUCCCCAGGGUGACGCCGGUUUGACCGGACGUAAGAUCAUUGUCGACACCUACGGUGGUUGGGGUGCCCACGGUGGUGGUGCUUUCUCCGGAAAGGACUACUCCAAGGUCGACCGAUCUGCCGCUUACGUUGCUCGUUGGAUUGCCAAGUCUCUCGUCAACGCUAAGCUCGCUCGCCGUGCCCUUGUUCAGCUCUCCUACGCCAUUGGUGUCGCUGAGCCUCUCUCCAUCUUCGUCGAGACGUACGGUACCUCCGAAAAGAGCUCCGACGAGCUUGUCAAGAUCAUCCGGGACAACUUUGACCUCCGUCCUGGUGUCAUUGUUAAGGAGUUGGACCUUGCUAAGCCCAUCUACUUCCAGACUGCCAAGAAUGGUCACUUCACCAACCAGAACUUCGCCUGGGAGAAGCCCAAGACCCUCAAGUUCUAAGCUUACAACCAUACCCUUAUUCAUGACCAUUCUCUGUGAUGAUUUGACGACACGGCUUUGUUUUCAACAAUGCAAAGCAUAUAAUUCUAAUAGACAUAAAAAAGCCUUUGCGGUGUAUUCUUUUUCCUCGUUGUUUUCAUAUUCUUGUGUUCCCGAGGUCGGCGAAAAAUUCAACAUAUGAUACCAUUUUCAUCAUUGGCAUUGGAAGAACGGCGUUUUCUUGUCGGAUUUUUUCUCUAUGUGAGCGGGAGAGAUUUAUCUUUUUUGAGGUCGCACUAGAUGCAGUCAGAGAUAAUAAACAAAUUCUGCCUCCCAGUC